GCAGGUGGCCGGCCAAUGGCAGGGACGCGUUUAAUGCUGGACCUGAGCGGCAGAUCUCACCGGGAUAAAACACACAGGAGCGCCCUGGGUUCACUUUCCUUUUCCUGCAGCGGCUCCCACGUGGCCCGCUUACUCACUGUGUCCCACGGGUGUUCACACACACGACUUAAGAAAUUACAGAGGAAGGAGGAAGGGUUCCAUCGCAUCCGGACCCGUGAGCUCCUCCUGGACAGGCCAGGCAGCCUUGCCCUGGGAGCUUUGGAGCAAUUCCAGAUGGGCAUGACGUUUGGGUUCCUGGGAGACACCUGCCAGUCAACCUUGGCUGAGUCCCAGCAGUGUUCAGGAGAAUCCUUGGAGAAGAAGGGCGAGGACAGCGACAUGAAGAGGAAGAGAGAGCAGCCGGGACCACUCAGUACCUGGGACCACCAUCAUGGCCUGGUUGGUUUACACAACAUUGGACAGACCUGUUGCCUUAACUCCUUGAUCCAGGUGUUCAUAAUGAACACGGACUUUACCAAGAUACUGAAGAGGAUAACAGUGCCGAAGGUCUCAGAAGAGCAGAGAAGUGUCCCCUUCCAGAUGCUGCUGCUGCUGGAGAAGAUGCAGGACAGCCGGCAGAAGGCGGUACGGCCCACGGAGCUGGCCUACUGCCUGCAGAAGAACAACGUGCCACUGUUUGUCCAGCACGAUGCUGCUCAACUCUAUCUCACAGUCUGGAACCUAAUCAAGGACCAAAUCACUGAUGCAGAUUUGGUAGAGAGGCUGCAGGACUUGUACACCAUCCGGGUGAAGGAGAUCUUGGUGUGCUUAGACUGUGCCACGGAGAGCAGCAGAGACAGCAGCUUGCUGACCCUCCCUCUUUCUCUUUUUGAUAUGAACUCAGAACCCCUUAGAACACUGGAGGAUGCCCUGAGUUAUUUCUUCCAGUCCAAGGAGCUAUGCAACAAAAGCACAUGCUUCUGUCAGAACUGUGGGAGGAAGACACACAGGAAACAGGCCUUGAAGGUGACCCGGUUGCCCCAAACCCUGACCAUCCACCUCAGGCGAUUCUCCAUCAAGAACUCAAGGACAGAAAAGGUCUGCCAUUCGCUGUGUUUCCCUGAGAGCUUGGAUUUCGGUCAGGUUCUUCCUAGUGAGCAGCCCAUUACUGAAGCAGAGGAACAGGAUGAAGCACAGUAUGAACUCUUUGCUGUGAUCGCCCACAUGGGGAUGGCAGACUUUGGUCACUACUGCGCCUACAUCCGGAAUCCAAUGGAUGGAAAAUGGUUCUGCUUCAAUGACUCCCAUGUUUGUUGGGUGUCCUGGAAGGACAUCCAGUGCACCUAUGGAAAUCACGGCUGCCGCUGGCAGGAAACCGCAUAUCUUCUGGUUUAUAUGAAGACUGAGUCCUGAUGGAUACACUCCAAACCUUUGGAAACUGACAAACUAUUAUUUUCCUUUUCUGUUUCCUGGAUCUGGCAGACUCGUCUAAGAGAUUUUGCAAUGAGACAAAGCAUCACUUUCAAACGUAUCAUUAACUUAUGCACAGCCAUGAGUGAUUGUUGCUGUGGUACAAGCACUGAGAGGCAAAGCCUGCUGGGAAGUGAUGAGGUCCAUGGCUCUUCCCAUACUGCACACUGAUGGUGUCCUUUCCAAUUCUGAGUCACAGUUCAAUGCAGUGGGAAGGGGUCUUGCCAAAAUGCCAGUGCCAUGCUGGUUGGAGCCUCCAGCCGCCAGAAUUGCAAAUCAAAUAAACUUCUAUACUUUAAAAACUA